AUUCACCCCAUUGGGUGACUGGGUGGUUGAGGGCAGUAAACUGGAUCUAACCUAAACCCACCACAGACCAAGUCAAUCUACAACAACACCAGCUCCCCGGGUGGAUAAUUUAAACUUGAGUGGCAACUUAUCUAAGAGAAGGAAACAAAUUCGAAACCCGGAUACAGCCUUAAAACUUUCACGUAACUGCCGCUCAGGUGUAGCAAUCCCUUUAGAGGACUACGCAUGGGGUCAAGGAGAGAUUAUAAUAUAUAUUCACCACACCGCUAUUCACAACAUCAUUCAACUAAGUGGUAGGUAAGUAAACGAUUUAAACUUUCAUGAUGCAUACCGGAGGGUGCUGGAUAUGAAAAUGGAUGUGGCUUCUGCCUGAUCUGCUUAGUUGUCCAGUAUUGCAUAAUGCUCUAUAAGUUAAUACCCAAGAGCAUAAAUUAAAAAAAAGAAUUAAUUGCUUAUAAAUAUUAACAUAAUUAUAUUAAACUUGAAAUAUGUUACAUUUUAACACUCCUCUAAUUGAGAAUAAUCUUUGUCUGGUCAAAUCCUUUAUAAUGACGUUGUUGGUUUUUUUUUCCAUUUAAAGCACAACAAUAAAAACAUGUCAAAUAUAUCUAUUAAUUUCCCUAACAAUGACUUUACUUAAAAUAUUUAAAGGCAUGAAAAUGUAAAUUAAGUGUAAAAUCUUUCAUCUCUUUAGUUUUAGGUUUAAUCUAUUUAAAAUCAUUAUAACAUGUUUACAACUUAGCUACAAAAAAGUAGGUCACCUCACAGGUGUCCGGAACUUUUAACACCGAUGUCGCGACCUUUAAGACUUCCAGGUUUCCAUAGUCUUUGUCGGUCCAGGCCCGUUAAGAUUUCCUGCUAGUUCCUGAGAGUUUUCCACAAGCUUUGUGGGUCCAGGCUAUCACAGGCCUGUUUAGACUUCCAAAUUCAAUUAUUUAUUUUUUUGUUCAUAAUAAAACUGAUUGAAUCUCAAUCAAUUACUCAAAAAAAAAAAGAAUAGUUAUUUUGUGUUAAUACAGAAUCUUCUCUAAUAUUAACCAACACCCCCUCCCCACUCUUUUCUCCUAUCUCAGAGACUAUUUGCACCCAAUCAACCUUAAAAUUUCCAAUUACCCUUUUGUGAAGUACACAGUUUGGAAUCAUUGAGUUUGGCUAAUUAUUCAGUGUAAAGUGCAUGCACUAAAAAUGAAUUUAUUAUGUCAAAUCAAGGUAGACUUAACCAAAAUCCCCAACUCUUCGUAAAUUGAUUGCAUUUGAAUACCAAUUGUUAUAAAGUUAAUUGUAAAGACAAAGUUGCCCUUCAUUAACUCUUUGGAAAGUUAAAACAACCCCAUCAUUAGCACUACGAGAGCAUACACGAUUGACAGAGCAUGUACACACUGCGUUGGAAAGACGCAGAAGUAAAAAAAAAAUAAUGGUGUUGUAAAGUUUCGUCAACUCUGCCGCUACGACUAGACAACGACAUCAACAAAAGGAAAUAAUUUCAGCGAUAAUUUGUUUCGGUGAAGUUAGAACAGGAGACCCUUGGCUCGCGGACCUCACCCUUGGCUAACGGACCUCACCCUUGGCUCGCGGACCUCACCCUUGGCUCGCGGACCUCACACUUGGCUCGCGGACCUCACACUUGGCUCGCGGACCUCACACUUGGCUCGCGGACUUCACCCUUGGCUCGCGGACCUCACCCUUGGCUCGCGGACCUCACACUUGGCUCGCAGAUCUCACACUUGGCUCGCGGACUUCACCCUUGGCUGGCGGACCUCACACUUGGCUCGCGGACGUCACCCUUGGCUCUAUAGAUUUGCUAGUGUGCAAAACAGAUUGCACGUCUGCCGAAUGUACGAUUAUCACUUGUUACGGAUCACUAGGGCGAAUUCUAUUAUGAUUUAUUAUAAUUAUCAUUCAGUACACAUAUUAUGUUUCGAUCUAUGAGCGCCCACCCGUGUAGCACUAUUAAUGUGCUAAUUAAAAACAAAGAGAGCAUAAAUAAACUAAAUUAUAUAAUUGGUUUCAUAUUUUAUGUACAGCUAAAUGGCAGACCUAGGCUUAGAGAGAUAGAUGAUAUGGAGAAAAAAAGUCCACAGCUGCUGGGUAUUCAAGCAUGUAAAAUAAAAGCAUAAUUAGGUCCGAGGUGAAGGAAUUGUUAAAGGGGCUGUAGCACCACAGGGAUGUUCGAUAUAACAUAAAAAGUGCAUAAAAUAUAUGGUUUCAUUUUGAUCUGUUCAUCUCUCCCAAAUUAUAAAUCUUACAUUCACUCCCCUCCACCACUCCAUUCUCCUCUCCAACCUCUUCUUCACCCCUCCUCCAAAAUUUUUUGUUGUUGAGAUAUAGCCUUAAACAGUUCAUUUUUUAUGUUUAUUUAUAGCAUGCUUAAUGUAAAACUCAACAGAUUGACCACGUUAUUUUGAAAAAUGAGCACAUCUUUGAGCAGUGUGCCGGCUCAAACAGGGUAAAUACAUGCACAUUUUGUAGAGAUUAGUAAAUACUUAAAUUUUAUUUUUAAAUAUAGGUUACAAUUUGACCAUCUAUGAUAUAUACGAUUUUUACCAGCACAAUAACUUUUAAAAAAAAAACCGUUCAAUUUCUUAUUCUAUAGUGAACAUUUUCUUUAUUUUUACUGCAAGCGUCAGAGUAGCUGACUUUUUUGUAUAGCUCAUAGACAGACUUGAACUCUAACACUGUUAUUAGUAUCCUUUCGGGUUGAAAGGUCUCCAAGUUUUUCUUUUAUUAUAUUAUAAAGUUAGAAAAUCAAUUUUUUUUGUACGUACUUGAGUCAUUUGUUUGAGUUAUUUAGUGUUAUAAUAACUAUGUACAAUUAUUAUAAUUAUUGUUCGGUAUUUUAUUCCUCACUUAUUGUAGAAAGUACCUGGAGAACUGGAAACUAAACUUGGGAAUUUCCAUUGCCAGUCUUACACUCUCGACCGUUGUUUUGAUUCUAGUACUUGUUAAACAAUCCUACCCACCGCUAAACACGGUAAGGACGAAACAUUUUUGUUUAUGUUUAUGAAUUCAAAAGUAUGUAACCGUCUCAAAGGUGUAUCGAUUAAUAACAAGCACAGGUAGGCUUAAGAAUGGGGAUGUGGGUUUUUUUCACUGUGUUAAACGUCAGGCGUAUUGAAGGUUUUUUCAUUGAUUUCAGUCUUGAAAAGAUUUUUUAUCUGUCAGCAAGUCUCCAUGUCAUGAAGCUUUUUAUAGAAAUCUAAUUUGUUUAUGUCCUAAUAAAGUAUAAUUAAUUACCACUAUAGGGAUGCGAUCAACCUAUAAGUAUAAUUUUUUUGCCCUUGUUACCCUGCUAUUUCUAUGAGCCCUCUUCAGCCAACUCUUAAAAUUUACAGCAAGCUAAAGACCUGUUCUGAAUUUUAGCUUAGCGUGUCACGUGUUCAAAGGAAACGUAGUCCUGGUAUAUAUUUCUUAUCUUAAAAAAAUAUAGAAACUAUUUUGAAAACUGGUGGUCAUUGGACGAUUCGGGACGGGGUACGCAUUCAAAAGCCUUGUAUAAGAAAAGAAUACUAAUCCAUAGUGGUGUUGUGUUAACAGUUAGAGGAAGCCACACGGAAUCCCAGCACAUUGGAACCCGUGUGUCUGGACUGUGUACAGGUGGUGACAUAUUCUCAACCUCCGUAUCUUACGGAAACCCUUUUUAAUCAACUGCGGAUACAUAUCAAAGAUGGCCACAAGCAGUGCUGUUUUAAUAGCACAGAUCUCAUAAGAAUAUUGGUUGAGUUGGUGAGUAUGAUUUGCUUCUUGUGGAUUUAA